AUGUCUUCCUCCUCCGAAUCCUAUAACACUGUCGCCAUUUACCGGAUUGAAGUGAAUUCUCCCUGCUUGUGUCGCGAUCAGCCUGUGUUGAAGCUCAGAGAAGCUUGGAAGUCUAACAACCCAACUCGUUUCUUCUACAAUUGCGCAAAAUCAAUGUGGCUUGACCCAACAUUACCAAAACACUACAAGGAUACGAUAUGGAACAUGAAACUUAGGAUCGACGACCUUUUGGUUAGGAAUGGUCAAGUUGUUGAGCUGCAAAAGAAGGUGGAGAAGCACAAGCUUCUUAGGAAAGCUGAGAAGGAACUUGUUGAAGCUAGGAUCCAAGAACUACUCAUUGAGAUUGAAAGUCUGAAGAAGAUGUUGAAAAAUGUUGUUUUGAUUGCUCUGGUCUGCUUGUUGUUUGUGGUCAUGCACUUUUCGCUGGUCUAG